AGUGGAUAGGAACUAAAGUAACGUUGUCGGAUUACCGGACUAUUGACUGGGGCGCGCGGUGGCACGUUCGUUUUCUGCGUCCGUGUUUCUCACUUCCGCUUGUGAGGAUCUUUCUGGUCGGAGGAAGCGUUUCUAAGGAUAUUGCCCAGGACCCACGCACUUCAUCUCAGCAGUCUCUAGACACUGCAGAAUUGAUAGUGCUGACUAGCAUUGGGCUUUUUCAAGAUGAGCUUCCUCUUGCCCAAACUGACAAGCAAGAAAGAAGUAGACCAGGCGAUCAAAAGCACUGCGGAGAAGGUGUUGGUUCUCAGGUUUGGGAGGGAUGAGGACCCCGUCUGUCUGCAGCUGGAUGAUAUUCUCUCAAAGACUUCAGGCGACCUGAGUAAAAUGGCUGCUAUUUACCUGGUGGACGUGGACCACACGCCGGUUUACACACAGUAUUUUGACAUCAGUUACAUUCCCUCUACCGUAUUUUUCUUCAAUGGGCAGCACAUGAAGGUGGAUUAUGGGUCUCCGGAUCACACUAAAUUCGUAGGAAGCUUCAAAACCAAACAAGACUUCAUAGAUUUGAUUGAAGUCAUCUACCGGGGAGCGAUGAGGGGGAAACUUAUUGUCCAGAGUCCUAUUGAUCCCAAGAACGUACCCAAAUAUGACCUCCUCUAUCAAGACAUUUAACACACUCACUGCUGUUGGAGCUAAGAAAAGCACAGGUUGAAACGGGGCCUGAACCCAGACGGCCUGUGGUCUGGAGUCCUUCAGAGACAUGUUCACUGCCUGAGCAAAGAGGUUUGCGGUGUCUGUAAUCAACGGCCCUUUUGCAGCAGCCCCAGUGCUCCAAGAGUCGGGAUGCCUGAGCGUCCCUUCCCUGAGAGCCUCACAGCAGUGAGCUCAGCGUCCGAGUGGUGCCUGCCUGUGACUUCCAUUUAUCUUGACUUUGCUUUACCCCUCAAGGUCAAGCAUCCUCCUAGACACUGUGAGAACAGCUUGCUUAGGCAUGUUUGUGCACACGUUCUCCCCCAUGCCUCCAUCCUCUUGCCCCCUUCUGCUCCCUCCUACCCCAGCUUCUCUUGAACUAACUAGUAAUUAGAUGCAGGUGAGCUCAUGAUUUCCUCGAAGACUGAAAGCAGUACCCAGUCCACGUGUUUAUAGCCAUCCGGCCAUCGAUUGCCAGGAGAAAAGUGUGGCUCUUCACUAUCCAGCACAGCUUGAGCUAAACAAGAAGUUUGGGAAGUAAGGGACAGAGCUCCCCAGAAAGCACUGCCACCACCCAUUACCUCAAGAACUAAAGACCAAAAGGAUGUCAGAUUGUUAAGGGGAAAUGCCUUGAGGAGUUUGCGAUUCUGUCCAAGGGCUUUUGAAGAAUGUGACCCAACCUCAGGAAACUUGUGUUUCUCCUAAGCCUUAUGGGAGUGGUUGUCCCCAUCACUCUGGAAUGAGAGAGCAGGGAUAGAGCUGGAGGGCCGUGGCCAGGCCGCUUGUGGCCUGCAGGGCAGCAAGGGACUUGUUGCCAGCAGAGGCCCAGGUGUGCAGGAGGUGGGGCCAACCCUGGCAUCAGCUGCUUAUUUCUAAGUUUGUCCUUUAGGGGAAAGUGAAACCACGACCUGAUUCUGGCAGACGGGGCACAGAAAGAGGUGGUUUGGGUUUUCUGUGUCCUCUGCCCAAAGCUGAGAGAUGCAUCAGGGAUGGGCAGAGAACCUUUUCCCACCACCUCCUUAGGAUACACGGGGCUAUGGCAGCCACCCUGGACACAUGGAUGAAAACUUCGAGAUUCUAAGAGUCAGAUCCCUAAUGCUACUGAAGUCCUAGGUGAACGAUAAAUGUUCCUCCACAUCCCUAUGGUGGAAUAAAGAUCUUUGUCCACCUCACUA